AAUCAAAGAUGUCGAUCCAGCAAUUUGGACCGCCACGCCAUAUCUUCAGAUGGUGAAAAGCCUUGCACGAUGUUGUGUAAUAAUGACACACGUGCUCCAAACUCCGAAUACUUCGCUGAAGAACUGGUGUUUGCUUAGUCUCAAUAUUCGACGAUCAUUUGAUGAUCAGAAUCUCCCAAAAUAGUUCUCCUCAGCUGCACAUACAACUGACAUCAUCUGCCCCUGAUAGACUUGAUUCUUAUGGACCUGAAGUAAAUCACAAUUUGGACAUUGGCCACUCGACAGGACUGACACCGUUAUCGAUGUUCCUGUCGCAGUCGAAAGCAUCAAGGUGAGACGGGCGAUAACAUGCGCGAAGAUAGGUGGAGUUGAGUAGUACGAAUACAGUUGUGUCACUUCUACAAAUAUUGGAUAGGAUGGCUAGGUGAUCCAGAUUUCCUAUUAGGAAGUGACAAUGGUACCGCAUUGACCUAGUUCAUUUUGUAUUUGCUUUUAUAUCAACAUUUCUAUCGCCGUGUCUUCAAUGUCCUUUUGUUUUCCCCCUCUGUUCAACUGACUAAACAUAACGUCGACAUUCAUUUGGUUGUUUAUAUCUCUUUUCAAAUUCAUACCCGAUUCGCUCACAGAAUGAACUUUCCUUAAAUUUUCAAAACAUUCGAAACAUCUUACAAAUAUGGGCGUCUAUCAUUUCUUUCUGUUUCUGUCUUUAAACCUAGUUUUUAAGAGUGGGAUUUCAAUUCUCACCUCUACUACUACCAUUCAGCUUGCCUCAGUCAAGGGAUCAUUGGCUGUAACCAGUUCGCUUGGGAAACUUAAUAAUGUCACCACGACAAGGAAUUCUUCUGCGCCAUCAUAUUGGCUCGAGGAAAUCUCUCACCACGGACUUGCCCCUGUCAACUUUAACAACACCUCAUAUCAAGUGUUCCGCAAUGUGAAAGAUUUUGGAGCCAAAGGGGAUGGUAUAGCAGAUGAUACUGCUGCUAUCAACAAAGCCAUCAGUUCUGGCGGAAGAUGCAAGCCUGGCGACUGUCAAUCUACAACAACAACUCCUGCCACGGUCUACUUUCCAGCUGGGACAUAUAUUAUCUCAUCUUCCAUCAUUGAUUACUACAUCACUCAGAUUGUAGGCGAUCCAAACCAACUCCCAGUAAUUAAGGCUACCCCAAGAUUCACUGGAUUUGGGCUGAUUGACGGAGAUACAUAUGGCCCCAAUGGUCUCAAUUUUGGAGCCACAAACGUCUUCUAUCGUCAAAUUCGUAAUCUGGUGUUGGAUCUGACGGAAAUCCCGUCUAAUUCUUCAGCCUAUGGAAUCCACUGGCCUACUGCACAGGCCACCAGUCUACAAAAUAUUGUAUUCCAAAUGAGCGAUGCAAUUGGAACUCAGCAGCAAGGCUUGUUCAUCGAAGGAGGCUCCGGUGGCUUUAUGAAUGAUUUGAUUUUUAAUGGUGGCAAAACGGGGGCAGUAUUUGGCAACCAGCAAUUUACAGUUCGAAACUUAACCUUCACUAAUGUUGUAACAGCCAUUGACCAAAUCUGGGAUUGGGGAUGGACAUACAUGGGGAUCAGUAUCAACAAUUGCACUACUGGCUUAAAUAUGUCCUCAGGCGGAUCAUCAGACCAAGCUGUAGUGUCUGUCACGCUAAUUGAUAGUAGCUUCAAAGAUACUGAUGUCGCUAUCAUCACAGCUUACAAAAAUUCAUCUUUACCAGAGGCUGCUGGAAAUCUUAUUCUUGAUAAUAUCCAUUUGACGAAUGUUCCAAUUGCCGUACAGGAAUCGCAAAAUACGAUUUUGGCUGGAACUGGCAACCAAUCAAUGAUCAUCAAUGGAUGGGGAGAAGGAAACGAAUAUACACCAAAUAACUCUACCCGCUUUGAGGGUUAUAUUGUUCCCUUUCCUCGCUCUGAGUCUCUUUCACCCCGUGGAAAGUUUUACGCCCGUUCCAAACCUCAGUAUGAAGACUAUCUGCUUUCUGAGUUCGUUUCAGUCCGUACAGCGGGUGCUACUGGAGAUGGAGUCACUGAUGACACGGAGGCGUUGAAUCAUGUGUUUGCGUUCGCGGCCAUCACCAAUAAGAUUGUUUAUAUCGAUAAUGGAGUUUAUAGAGUCACGUCGACUAUUCAUAUUCCAUCCCGUUCGAGGAUUGUCGGUGAAUCAUAUCCAGUCAUCAUGGGAUCAGGAUCAUUUUUCACAGAUAUUGUUCAUCCUCAACCAGUCGUCCAAGUUGGCCUCCCCUUAGAGAGAGGUGUUGUUGAAUGGUCAGAUACGAUUGUUUCGACACAGGGAUAUAUGGGAGGAGCCAUUUUGAUUCAAUGGAAUCUAGCCAGUCCAGCGUGGUCUCCUUCCGGACUUUGGGAUGUCCAUACGCGUAUUGGCGGAUUCGUGGGUUCUGACCUCCAGUUGGAUCGCUGUCCCGCCACCGCUAAUAGCACUGGGAUUAUUCUCGAGUGCAGAGCUGCUUUCAUGUCAAUGCACAUCACCAAGCAUGCAUCUGGUCUUUACCUAGAAAAUAACUGGUUUUGGGUUGCCGAUCACGAUAUCGACGACCCUAAUCUAUCUCAAAUCACAAUUUACGCAGGCCGUGGACUUUAUUGCGAAUCUAGAAAAGGAGCUAUAUGGCUUAUUGGAACUGCUGUUGAGCAUCAUACUUUAUACCAAUAUCAAUUUGAUAGUACGAGAGAUAUUUUUGCGGGGCAAAUUCAGACGGAGACUGCCUAUUAUCAACCGAACCCCAUUGCGAAUUACCCCUUCCCAUCAUUGGAUGAAUGGAACGAUCCUGAUUUUGCCAGCUCAUGUGGAAAUGCAACGGGAGAAAACUGUGCGGAAGGAUGGGGUCUACGAAUCAUUGACAGCGAGCAUGUUUAUGUAUAUGGCGCUGGAAUGUACAGUUUCUUUGAUGAUUACCGUACUUCAUGUUCUGCCCAAGGAAAUGGCGAAGCUUGUCAAGCUAGAAUCUUCAGUCUUGAGGGAGAUAGCUCGAAUAUCGGUAUUUACAACCUGAAUACAGUAGGUAUCACGAGUAUGAUCACUAUUGAUGGGAUAGAUAUUGCGAAUUAUUAUGAUAAUAUUGCGGGGUUUGUAGAUCAUAUUGCUUUGUUCAAAAGCGAGGAGUAAUGUUUAGAUAGGAGUGAAGUAGUGAAGAUAUAGGGACAGCUUUGUCUUGGGAUCUUUUGCUUCAAGGAGUAAUACUGUAAAAUAAAGAAUAGAAAUCACAUGGCCUUUCCAAUACUUUAUCUUCCGUACCCUACGCUGAACGACUUUUACACACCACAUCCCAUAUUUAGGGGCACUCUCAUGAUGAUGAUCAUACAUGUAGAAACCCCCCGAAAUAAAGCUAGUGUUCCAGAUUAAGACCCAGUAGCUCAUUUCAGUUAACCCCCCCCCA